UAUUAUUGAUUAUUUAUACCCCCCAUAAUGCUGCAGUUACAGCGCCCUCUUCGUUCAAGAAUCAGCGAACUAUAAACCCAAAUUUUAUUUCGAGUGAACAUGGUGAAACCGAUUACUUUUUGGCGGGCUAUAUAUUCUUCAAAACACGUUCAACUUAACGUAGCGUACGCAGAAAAUCAGGAGGCUGAAUGAUAAAGGGCCAAAUUUCAACACUUGAGAUGGAGAAAGAUGAAGAACGAUGGACUGAUUCAGGCGUAGCAAUGCUCUGCUUCGAUUCGUCUGGUAACACAUUCCAAGGCAGGCUGGUCACGCCCAUGGGCAAACAGUAUGGCCUCAUGGGUAAAUCUUGCGGCCCUCCCCCGGACGGCCACUUCCACCAAUGUUGCUUCGAUGAAGACCCGAUAUUCUUCAAAAUCACCGUUAUUGAUUUUCGGAAGAAAAGCGAGGCAUCGUUGGAGUAUGCCAUGAAGACAAACGGUGACAACUGUUCACUGACAUCGGACGAACUGGAGUUCAGCACGGAUGAAUUGCUCUCUGGAGACAAGGCAGAAGAUAAAAUUGUACAGUUCUUCAGCCAGGGUCUAUUAGGCAAGGACUGCCUCGUUUGUGUUGGACAAUGGAAAAUGAGGGUGACCUUCCCUUGUCCAGAAAAAGACAGUGAUGGAGAUGACUCAGACUUUUGAGUUGUAUUAUAAAGCCAUGUAGGAUCAUUUGCUUUUCGUGCAUUUUAUUCAUUUCCAAUUAUAACACCACUCAAAAUCCACAGAAGAAUGUUCAAAACCUAACCUGCUGAAAUUUCAGCUCAGUGGAUAUUAAACCUUUGGAGAAAACAGAGAAAAAUGGUGCACAACCUUUUGAUCACAAAAUAUGAUUUCGUCUAUAGCACUCUUUUAGAAAAAUCAGGCAAUUGACAAUGUUGGAAGUCACCUACUUUUCUUGAUUUCUUCUAAAUGACAGCAAGCCAGACAAAAUAAUUUCACGGGGUAUUUAGCACCAGUAUGAUUUUUAAUCCAAGUUAACUAUUUGAUUAUAACCCGGUAGGUUAUUUAGAGGAUAAAUGCAAAUGUUCCUAUAAUAUGUCAAAUCAGGAUAAAGGGUAUGUGGUUUGCAGAGUUUCUUGACUGCCUUUAUCAAUUAAACCUAUCCCCCCCCCCAAGAAAAAAUGAACUGAGUUAUAUAAGGCAAAAGGCUACAUUAGUACAUGUACCUUUUUACUAAAUCAGAACAAAAGAAGAAUCACUCUCCUUUCGAUCAAAAAUCAAAAUUUAUUAUACAAAAUGGUAUUGCAUACAAUGUAUGUUUACGCAAAUUAAUAUUUUUCAGGCCACACAUGUAAAUUUAGCACUUGUACCAUACAAGUGCUAACUUUUGUGUGUGUGGCAAUAUUACAUUCCAUUUACUCCUUGGUAAAUCCAGAAAAUCACUAAGUGCUCGUGCCUUCGCAGCAGUAUAAGGAGCAAUAGGCAGGGCACUUUGGGGCGUAAUGGGUUAACACGUGUGUAAUAUUUUUAACAUUGUUAGAUAAUUGCUUUAAUACAAAAUUAUCUUCAAAAUAACCUAAAUUAAUCAAAGAACAAAAGUUUGUUGCAAAACUAACUCUUCCAUGCUUUUCUCAGUUUGAGGUUGAAAUUGCCACCACUUACUUUGUACCUGUUCCUGCUACAAGUUUCAUGCAUUUUACCCAUGCAAACUGCUGGCACUAUUACCAGAAUAAAAUCUUGGAUGGGCAGGCAGUGAAAUUAGACUGUCAAUAAAAGUUAUGUCACAUUUGCAACUUGAUCCAAAUAAAAGGCAAUCUAAACUUAAAACUUAUCUAACACUAAACUUGGUGACUACAUUUGGUAAAUUGUACUUGCAUGCUGUUGCACUCCCUACAACAGCUACAUUGGCAAAGUCAAAUGCAUUGGUUAAUUAAAAUUGUGUCAAAUACACAAAGCUCCUUCAGUUACAAUUUAUAGAAACCUGUUUGCAAGGCAGAGGAAAUUGCAACAAUGAUGACUUAU